AUGAGCUCUGAAAUGAUCGACUUGAACUGGGAACCACAACAUUCUAUUCUACAUUUUCAUGAAUUCAAAUCUUCUCCUCGCGCUAUGACAACAAUGCAUGAUUCUGCCUUUUGCACUACCGAUGGGAGGUAUGUGAAGGCAAUGAGACAGAGACGCCGAGAAGCAGGUUUAGAUGUGGAGAAUUACACAAUUCAAGAUGUGAUGAGAAUGGCUCGCCGAAGCGCAUCGGAUUCUCCAAUCAACGACGACAUGCAUCCGUAUCCCAUCAACGAAAACUAA